CAGGAUUGGGUUUAGGCUGUAGAGAGGAGGCUGUGGGGACUGGCUGAGAAGUGCCUAAGAAGAGGUUACUGUUUACUGAUGGCUGGAGUGUUUUGAAAGCAGUGAAGCCCGGUCAUCCAUUUCUUCUUUUAACGUGUCAUGUGAUUUUCCUUGGGAGCUGCUGCAUGAGCGGAAAUGCUCUCAGUGGUGGAGAAUGGACUAGAUCCCCGGGCUGCCAUCCCGGUCAUCAAGAAGAAGCUCGUGGGAUCCGUGAAAGCAUUGCAGAGGCAGUACGUGUCCUCAGACACCGUGGUCACUAGCGAAGACGGAGAUGCCAACACCAUGUGCAGCGCCCUGGAGGCCGUGUUUAUCCACGGCCUGCACGCCAAGCACAUCCGAGCCGAGGCCGGCGGGAAAAGGAAGAAGAGUGCCCACCAGAAGCCUCUGCCUCAGCCUGUCUUCUGGCCCCUCCUGAAAGCUGUCACCCACAAACACACCAUCUCAGAACUGGAGCACCUGAUCUUCGUGAGCACGGACGUGGGCCGCUGCCGGGCCUGGCUGCGGCUGGCCCUCAACGACGGCCUGAUGGAGUGCUACCUGAAGCUGCUCCUCCAGGAGCAGGCCCGACUGUGCGAGUACUAUCAGCCCACCGCCCUGCUUCGAGACGCCGAGGAGGGCGAGUUCCUCCUCAGCUUCCUGCAGGGGCUGACAUCCUUAUCCUUUGAGCUCUCCUAUAAGUCUGCGAUCUUGAACGAGUGGACGCUUACCCCACUGGCCCUCUCUGGGCUUUGCCCCCUCUCUGAGCUCGACCCUCUCGCUCCCUCUGGUACAGAACUGCAGCGGAAGGAGUCUCUGGAUUCCAUUUCCCAUUCCUCAGGCUCGGAAGACAUCGAAGUCCAGCACUCCGGCCAUAAGAUCCGACGGAGCAGGCAGCUCACUGCCUCCUCCCUCAGCCUGGACACGGCCAGUUCGUCCCAGCUGUCCUGCAGCCUAAACUCUGAUAGCUGCCUCCAAGAGAAUGGCUCCAAGAGUCCAGACCGUUCUGAGGAGCCCAUGUCCUACGACUCAGACGUGGGGACAGCAAAUGCCGAUGAUUCAGACCCGUCUCUGCAAGAGGUGUUGUCGGAAUUCAGCAAAGCCCAGGUAAACUGUGUGCCAACCAACGGACUGAGCGAAGACCCGGACAUUCCCACGCUGCAGGCCUCCCCGUCCCUCCACGGCCUCUGCCUGCACGCCAGCACGCACCCACACUUGGCUGUGCCUGCAGAGCCCCCCCCUGCCCAGGCAGCCUCUGGCUCUCGAGACGGUAGCCACCAGCAGGAGCCACUUUCCCAGACACCUGGCACCCUGGGCUUGCAGCAUCUGGGCACUGCCCAGGCUGUCCCUUCAGAGAGCACGUCAGACCAGCAGCCUUCUAGGCCUGUGAGAGAGACGACCAGAGCCGUCGGCCAAGGGAGUGGCUGGCAGAAGCCUUCGGUGGAUGACGGAGCUGUACUGAGCCUUGUGGUUUCCUCACCCAUCAGUCCGAAAAGCAAGAGCUGGAUCUCAGAAGAUGACUUCUACCGGCCUCCCCAGGAACCAGCCACAGAGAGCCCUUCACAUGGCCCCGUAGCUGCUUCCAGAGGGUCUCCAGACGCAAGGCCUGGUCUUCUCGGGCAUUUUUCUCAAGGACCAAGAAAGAGCUCCUCCAUGGGAGCGUUAGACGAGGCUUGUGUGCCUUCUCCAGAAAGCGGGAAAAGCAAGGCAGCCGCGACGCAGGAGCAUAAGAACUUCAGGGUAGUGCACCGCCGGCAGAUGGGACUGUCCAACCCUUUCCGGGGUCUCCUGAAGCUGGGUACAGUGGAGCGGCGGGGGGCAAUGGGCAUCUGGAAGGAACUCUUCUGCGAGCUCUCCCCCCUGGAGUUUCGCCUCUACCUGAGCGGCGAGGAGCGCACCUGUGUGGAGAACUGCUCCCUGCUGCGCUGUGACGCUGUGGGGCCGGCACACAGCGACGGUCGCUUCGAGCUGGUCUUCUCCAGCAAGAAGCUGACCCUGCGUGCGUCCUCCCAGGAUGAGGCGGAGGACUGGCUGGACCGGGUACGGGAGGCCCUGCAGAAGUGCCGGCCCCAGCAGGACGACGAGUGGGUGAACAUCCAGUACCCCGAGCUGCCCGACGAUCCCCCAAAGGCCCCUGAGGAUGGCCUCCCCUCCCAAUCAGACCUGCUCACGGAGCCCGAGACCGUCCAGGGCGUGCAGUUGGAUUGGUCCUUUGCCCAGGUUCCCGAGCCAGAUGCUAUUAAAGAAUCCCUCCUGUACCUGUAUUCGGACAGGACCUGGACUCCCUACAUUUUUUCUCUGUCCUUGGAGUCUCUGAAAUGCUUCCGCGUGAGAAACAACGAAAAGAUGUUAUGCGACAGCCAUGGAGUCGAGACCAUCCGAGACAUCCUGCCAGACACAAGCCUCGGGGGCCCGGCCUUCUUCAAACUCAUCACGGCCAAGGCCAUCCUGAAGCUGCAGGCCGCCAAUGCUGAGGAGGCCGCUCUGUGGAGAGAUCUGGUGCGCAAGGUCCUGGCAUCCUACUUGGAGACGGCCGAGGAGGCAGUGACCCUGGGUGGGAGUCUGGAUGAAAACUGUCAGGAGGUGCUGAAGUUCACCACCGGGGAGAACGGCUUCCUGCUGCAGUACCUGGUGGCCAUCCCCACGGAGAAGGGCCUGGACUCCCAGGGCUGCUUCUGCGCAGGCUGCUCCCGGCAGAUCGGCUUCUCAUUUGUACGACCCAAGCUCUGUGCCUUCUCUGGCCUCUAUUACUGUGACAUCUGCCACCAAGAUGAUGCCUCAGUGAUUCCCGCCAGGAUCAUCCACAACUGGGACCUCACCAAGCGCCCUAUCUGCCGGCAGGCCCUGAAGUUCCUGAUGCAGAUCCGGGCCCAGCCCCUCAUCAACCUGCAGCUGGUGAACGCGUCUCUGUACGAGCACGAGGAGCGGAUGCACCUCAUUGGGCGGUGCCGAGAGCAGCUGAAGCUUUUGGGGGAUUACCUGGGCCUGUGCCGAAGUGGAGCCCUGAAGGAGCUAAGCAAGAGGCUCAACCACAGGAAUUAUCUCUUGGAGUCUCCCCACAAGUACAGUGUCGCUGACCUCCAGCAGAUCGCGGAGGGCGUGUAUGAAGGGUUCCUCAAGGCCCUGAUCGAAUGUGCCUCCCAGCACGUCUAUCAUUGCGACCUGUGUACCCAGCGUGGCUUCAUCUGUCAGAUCUGCCACCACCAGGACAUCAUCUUCCCCUUUGAGUUUGACACCACAGUAAGGUGUGGCGAAUGCAAGACCGUCUUCCACCAGAGCUGCCAGGCCGUGGUGAAAAAGGGCUGCCCCCGCUGUGCCCGCCGGCGCAAGUACCAAGAACAGAACACUCUCACCUAACCCAGCCUCCUGUCCCCACCCCGGAGGUGUGGGGUGAGGAUUCAGCUCAGCCAUCCCAGCUGGCUUUGCCAUCAGCCCUGGCUACAGCUGUCUCCCUUGUCAGAUGUGACCAGAGCACGAGCCGACCAGAGGAAGCCCUUGAUGAUGUCCCUACACCCCCAUAUCUGCUCCAGGAGAUGGGGACACCAACAGAUGCCCCCUGUUUGAGAUCCUGGGGGAGGGGGCUUUGCACUAAUCAGCCCCAGCCCACCUCACUGGCACGGCGCCUCCUUCAGGGCUCUUCACACACUGUGGAAACAAGACUUGGGGCGCAUUCUCAAUUCCACGUUCCUAAAAGGUCUAGUUUUUUAAGGUGGGUUUUUUUCCCUUCACAUUUGAACAGAAAAUAUAUUUUUAUUCUGAACCCUACACAAGUCACGUAAAAAAUCCAGGCAUUCUCAUCUGAGCAAAUGUGCAGGAACCGCUCAGGCCUGGUGUGCAGGCGGCUGGGCGGCUGGGUGAGCGGACCACCCCUGGGACAGAGCUCGUCUGCUGGACCCAGUGCCUUUCCUUCACCCUCACCAGGCGCUUGCUGCCAACAGCUCAAGUGCAACGUGCCAAACUGCCCAUGGGGCCAGGCGUGGUCGGCCCUGAUCACCCUGCUUCCUCUCCCUCUGUCUACUGCCUGCCCCCAUCAUCCCCCCCUGAAAACCCCGUCACCUUUCUCAGAGCCCCCGGCUCUUCUGUAGCCUGGAUCUUGGUCGCUGCAGGAGAAAGGGAAUGACUUGGAACCAGCACUGUCAGCACUUUGCGCCUUCCUUGGUCCAGGGAAGGGUCGUCAUCUUGCCCUCUCCUGAGCCCCGUGCCCCCCACUCCUGCCACACACAAGCAUCCAUGUCUGGGUGGGGGAUGCUGCUGCAGAUCUCGGGGGACCCACCGCCACCUGAGGACCCCUGGGACAGAGAUCUACAGGACAGAGGUAGGCUGGGCCCACAGGGCAGCGAGCCCAGGCAGGGGACAGCCUCUGCACCCUGACUGCCAGGCCCCACACUGGAGCAGUGACCCUGUCCUUCCACCAAGAGUGCCAGCCCUGUUGCUGAGAUGUGCAGGGACCUGUGGGAGAAGCCACCUCACGGAAGGAUGCUUCAUCCCCGUUUACAAAGCCAUGAAUUCACACCGCUUUGCUGGACUGGCCCAGGAGGGUCAUUGCCAGAGACUGGACAAUUUCAUUGGAGCACCAUUGCCUUUUGAAGGGGUCUUGGAGUGCGGUGGGAUCCUGGAAUUGUUUUCAAAGUGAUAUUUAGACCCUUGGGGUUUGGGGGGCAUGAUUUCUCUGCUGCCUUCCCCCACCAUUCCUGGGCCCAGUGGGCCUCCCCCUCAGCCCUGGGGUCCUCUGUCCAUCCUCUCUGCACUCAGCUUGGAUCGGGGGCCUCAGGUGCAGAUCUGCCUGUCCCUGUCAAGAGAUGAACCUACUCUCACCUCUCCCUUGGGGUGAUUUGGCUGCUGAGUCACCUGCGCAGCCCUGUGGAGCUGGGUAAAUUGUGCAAUAGAACAGAAGGUGCUAGGCAGGUGGCGCUGGGGAAAGGGCUGCCACACCGCCUCUCUGUCCCCUCACAGAAGGUGGUGCACACCUGGGCGCAGUACAGCAAAGCCUCCGGUACUGGAAAGUGGAUUCUUACCUCCAUCCCACCCCCUGACAGCAGCAUUAAUGCUCUACCUGAAAGAGCGUCAUGAGAGCCGGAAUUGCCCCAUAUCUCUGAGUGGGCAGGAACCCAGGAUGGGGUGGGCAGUGCCACCUUAGCCUGGCCCUGUGUCCUCGGGCCUGUGAAUAUAUCCUACAUUCCGGAAGGAAGCCUAGGAGGCAGCAGGCCUGAGGCCCUGUAGGCGCCGCCCUCAGCCCACCCCAGCCCUGCUCUCCCAGAGACGAGUAGCAUUACAGCUAACCCUCCGCAUUACCAGAAGCUGCUGCUGACGCUUUCAGAUGAGCGACUUGAACCUCCUCACCUCCAAUGGAAAGCUCAUGUGAACCUCAGUAGUUCAGAUCGUAUUUUUAAAAUGUCAUGUUAUUCAAUAAAGUGUUUGCAGUGAGGGGCCCGGAUCCUGAGAAGUGCUUUGCAACGUACUGAAGGAACUGCUGUUGGGUGAUUUUUGAAUGAUUGUACAGUAAAGACCUGAUCUUUCUAA